AAUUUCUCUCUCGCCGCCGCUAGGGUUUCCCACAACGGCGUGCGAGCCUCUCACCUAGGUGCUUCUCCUUGGUUUUUUCAGGGCCCCUCUUCCUCUACGUCUUAUCCUUUGUCUCGAUUUCUCUAUCCCCUUCUUGGAUCUUGGCGUAGAGGAGAGAUCGGGGCGCAGGCGGUGAAGGGACCUGGUGCAGGGCGCGCGCACGGGGUGCGAAUGUGGGCAUGGGCAAAGGUGCAAGCUUGGGGCGCGGCAAGGGCAGGGGCGUGGUGCAGCAGGAGGCUCGUCUGGGUGCAGCAGGCGGCUCGUUUGUGGGUGGACCCUGUGUUUUCCAGAUCUAGAAGAGCUUUGGUUUUUGCACAUGCUGAGCAUCAUAUUCCUCUUUGAAACAAUGCACUCCACUAUUGCGAUGCCUCUGUUUUGCUUAGAUCUAGGGUAUCCGAGUGGUAGUCAUUGGAGGCUGAUUGGUUUUUUCAGUCGUAAGCCCAAGGAAAAGGAUGAGGUUGGUAAAGUCGCUACGGGGAAGAAUGUUGCUUCAGUCUUAAGGGGCUCUAGUUCCCUUAUUGAAAUUUGGCAACAAGGGUUUGCAAAGGAUUGGAAUAGGACGACAUAUAGUGGGUUGGGGACUGCUGAUGUCGAAUUUUCCCUGCUCUCCCCGUGAAGCUGGCUAAAUAGGUGAGGACGUCCAGUAGUUUCAGACACUCAUAGCGACCUCCUUUUCUACUUUUGUAGCCCUAUUUUAGCCUAUACAACGAUUGUAGCUAUAAUCUUUAGUUACAGAUGGCCCUUUCCGCUUAAUUGUUCAUAUAUGUCAUGGGCACAGUUUAAAUUUAUUACUAAUGCUGUAAGUUAUGUUUCUGUCCUUAAUAUGGCUAUAAUGCCUUGCUAGAGAUUCAUCUGUAAUCUCCUUAUAUUUAAUAUAAUUUUUUAUUUUCU